GAUCUGAAGAAGGAAGUAACGUAUUCUUCGAUCAUCGACAAGAUCUUCAGAAAUUAAAUCUGCGUGAAUCGUGAUCUUCUCAGACAAGGAUAUUGAGGCCAGUUUUACAAGGCAGUAAUGCAUCUGCCUAAUUCUUCAUGUAUGAUCAGGAACGUUGGAGGGGGUAAUUAACAACCGCAGCGCUUGAAGAAGAGAGAGGGAAGCUGAGGUGGUGCCUGCGUGUGGACUGAUAAUUAAAUAUGAAUUGUCUUUAAUUAAGUGUUUACUUUAUUUUGUAAUAAUGUUUUUAUUAAUUAAAUAUAAAUAUCAUAAUGUGUAACAACAAUGUAUGGAAGACAUGAAUCAUGAACAAGUUUAAUAAUUAAGCUAUUUCCUUUUCUGACUUGAUUUAUGAUCUAUAUAUAGUGAAUGUACCCUCACAUGUCGUCUCACCUUCUCUGUAAAUGCAACCCCACUCAUACACUGCUUCUUCACCCCAACCCUAAAGCUCCCCUCCCCAUCCCAAACAACAAAACCAACAAUGUCACACAUGCACAAAGUGAGAGGUGCAUGUACACCAUGGAAAAGUUCCUUGAAGUCCUCUCCCUUCAGGAACAAACCGUCGAAAUCAAGCGCAAGCAGCGCGCCGCUGCCGCUGGCGCCGCAGGCUUUGGCACGUGUUCCCAGGAGGAUAUGCGGGAGAUGAAGGCCCUCCAGGAGAAGAAGGCCGCCUUCGAGAAGAAGUGGCGUGAGGCGAUAGCCGACCCCAAUGUCCGCCGCCCCACAGUGAUUGAGCUCUUUGGAGAGCUUCAUUACUCUGAAUCUCUUCCUACCUCUCCUCCUCUGGCGACCUUCUCCCCUGGAGAGAGUUCCGGUUCCCUCUCUAGAGAAGUGCGUGGCUCUGGGGAGGAGAGGAGGGACCCAAAUCACGUACGCUGGCCCUCGUUCUGUUGGAAGUAAAUUUAAUUUUUGUUCACAUUUCUUUUUUCCUAGCUAGCUUCUUUCUCUCUUUAUUUUUAAAUCAAAUCACGAAAUAUAUAUGUUAUUCACAACUUGUUUCUUUCACAUUUCGAGCCCCACGUUUUACAUUUCAAUACGUUAUGAAGUGAAAAUAAUUGUUUUUUUUGGUAUAGGGGACGUGAUCAGAGAGGGUAACAACAGCAUCGCUUGAAGAAGAGAUCAGAGGGAAGGUGGCAUGCAUUGUUGUCUUUAAUUAAUUGUUUUCUUUAUUUAAUAAUGCUUUUAUUAAAUG